UCUCGAUCUGACUUCCAUCCAACCGACCAUCAUUGCCGGGGGUUGGUCGUCAUUCGCGCCCUUUCCCUACGCCUCAUGGUUGUCAAUUCUUUAGCCCUCCCUUCGUCUGGGCAUUGAUGAUGUUGUUGUUAGCUCUGCAGGCGUCAAGUAGGUGGAAAAGCUCAUUGCUGAAGCUGACAAAACAGACGACACUUCAACCGUGUAUUUAAUCAUGCAAUCAAUCUAGGACACCUCUUCGGACAACGCUGCUCAAAAUCCCCACUAGAUCCUACUCGAGAAUCUCUCAAGCACACUCACCAUAAUGGCGGACAUUGAGCCAUUCACCAUCACCGUCCCCGACUCCGACCUUUCGGACCUCAACACUCGCCUUUCGCUUGCCCGCUUCCCGGACGAACUUGAGGGUGCGGCGUGGGACUAUGGCGCUCCGCUAGCGGACGUCCAACGCCUGACAAGAUAUUGGAAAGACACAUACAAUUGGCGGGAGGCGGAGAAAAAGCUGAACGAGCUGCCAAACUACCGAACCACGAUCCAGGUGGAGGGCGGCUUCGAGCCAUUGAAAGUCCACUUCCUUCACCAAAAGUCCAGCGUGGAAAAUGCCAUUCCUUUGCUCUUCGUGCACGGCUGGCCUGGCAGUUUCCUCGAGGCGGUCAAGAUCUGGGACAAGUUGCCGUCCCCAGACCCAGGCUCGGACGAUCCAGCGUUCCACUUUGUGGCCAUCAGCUUGCCCAACUACGGCUUCUCCGAGGCGCCCAAGAAGAAAGGCUUCGCCAUCGCACAGUACGCCGAGACGUGCCACAAGUUGAUGUUGAAACUCGGGUACAACGAGUACGUGACCCAAGGGGGCGAUUGGGGAUACUACAUCACGCGAGCAAUCUCGCUCCUGUACCCGCAGCACUGCAAGGCGACGCACCUCAACUUCGACCAGGGCGAGGCGCCUUCGUUCCUGACCCAUCCCACCCUGGCCGUCCAGCAUGCAAUCACGCCGUACACGGACGCGGAGAAGGAGGGGCUGAAGCGCACAAGCUGGUUCCUGAAAGAAUCCUCGGGCUACCGCGCCCAGCAAGCCACGCGGCCGCAGACGCUGGGCUACGCGCUGGCCGAUUCACCCGUGGCGCUCCUAGCGUGGAUCUAUGAGAAGCUGCAUGACUGGAGCGACUCGUACCCCUGGACGGACGACGAGGUCUGCACCUGGAUGAGCGUCUACUGGUUCUCGACCGCCGGCCCCGCCGCCACCUUGCGCAUCUACUACGAGUCGACGCACGAGUGGGACAACCCGGCCACGCGCAUCUCGCGCGACAGGACGCGCGAGUACAUCGGAGGCGGCGUAAAACUGGGCCUGAGCCACCAGCCCAAGGAGCUGAGGGUGUUGCCGAGCACAUGGACGCGGACGCAGGGUGAUGUUGUCUUCGAGCGGAGCAACCCGAGUGGUGGCCACUUCUAUGCCUACGAGCGACCCGAGCACCUGUUGAGGGAUGUCCGGGAUAUGUUUGGCAAGAAAGGAGGCGCGCGGAAUGUGGUCAAGGGGAAGAGCGGGUAUUGAUUUGGAUCAAGGAAGGAUAAGAGAGGGGAAAAUGGUUUAAUAUCCCCAUUAUCAGGACAGGUAUGUCUUGAAGGAUUUAUGGCCUGAAUAAUUCGGGUCAACUUGGGCUUGAGCUUGAGCUUGCGCUUGCAUGAGAAGCUUUGUAUUGGAUGAAUGAAACGAAUCCAACUCCACAGGACGUGCCGGGGCUGAAAUCAGGAAGAUUCAUUACAGGAAUGAAUCGAUGUUAUUAGAUUGCGAAUUCCCGUAUCUGCCCACCGCAACUGUUGAACUUUCAUACGGGGUGGAGGUUGUCACUUCCUACGAGACUCUCGCUAUGGUGCAAUUCGAUCUACUCUAUCGAUUUCCAAUGUGAUCUAAU